UGCCCAAACUUGUCAAGCCCUGCAAACAUGAAGGUUGUCACUCCUAGUGGAAGCCAUGGGUUGCCGAAUACCAAAGGUGGCCCCUCAUCAUUGCUUGAUAGAUGGAGAACUGGUGGUGGUUGUGAUUGUGGUGGUUGGGACAUGGGAUGUCCAAUUGUUAUUUUUGACAAUUCGCGUGGGAGUAAGACAAAUCAUACACGCCAUGAAAGCCAAAAGGUAAUGAUGCUGUUCUCACAGGGAAAGAAAGACAAAGUACCUGCUUUGACAGUCACAGCUGAAGGAAAAGGAGUGUAUUCAGUUCAAUUCCAUGCACAAUUAUCGGCAUUACAGGCAUUCUCAAUUUGUAUUGCAAUGUUACAUGGUUCCGAAACUUCCGGUGGUUGUGAAGAGAACAGACUAAGACUGUACUCUAACUCACUGAAGUUACUACUUGAGGAGGAAGUGAGGAACCUAAUUGAAGCAGUAGCAAAGGAUGAAAAGAAAAAAACGAAGAAGAGGUUGGAACAAAUCCAUCCAUCCUUCCUUCUAGACCCACCCUUUUCGCCAAUCGGACGGGUCUAGACCAACAUGUAUGAUAUUACUGACGACUGUGGAGCUUCAGUCCAUGUGCAAGCCAUGAGGUUUCUAGGAAAAUCGGUUUAGGAUUUAGCUAAGUAUAAUUCAAUUCAUUUCUAAUUUUGUUGAAGGUUGUCUAUAGAAGUUCUCAGUUAUGGAAAGGAAAUAUUCAGCGUUGAUUUAGUUCAAGUGAUCUGUACAUGAUGGUGAUGGUAAUAAUCCAGUUAAACAUAAUGUACUACUUUACUUUGUAAGAGAAGUUAAACUUUGAAGCAAUAGAAAGCUCUUUUCAUUGAA